AUGGCUACCGGAGAUUCUGCUAGCGUAUCAAAGCAAAUGACAUAUUCGAGAUCUGGGGUACCUAUAAUAGGCGGUCUGAUAGAUUACAUGGAUACCAGUCUGGAAUACUUGAGGUGUAAAUCGUUUGCCAGAGCCGAGUCACUAAAUUCCAAAAGCUCUAGAACAAGACUAUCCGCUUCUUUUAUGGCACUAGUUUGUCUCUUAUUGGGUUUGGCUUGUAACAUGAAAUUCGAAGUAGUGACAUUCGACGAAGAACCUUUAACAAAUGACUUGCAUUUUGUCUUGAUGAGUAAAGACGAUAAACUUUAUAUUGAUGAUAUAGACGUUUCUAGAGUGAUGCUGUGUAUUGAGGCAUCUGAUACUCUUGUAUUACUAAUCAGUACGCUUCUCAUAUGGAAUUCAUCUAACGUGCGUUCUCCACUUAGUGAGUAUCUAUUCCUACCAUGGUUGGGAGCGAGUCUACGUGGGCUCUUUCUGCGUCAAGCGCCAACUGUUGGAGCAUUAUUAUAUGUUGUGGCGGUUAUUAAUGGCAACGUGAAUUCUUUGUUUCUGACAGCGUUUUCCUUUCUCUUUUUGUUGGAAGCACGUCUUUGGCUAGAAGUUGCUCGGAUGGUGCGCAUACGAUGGGAGAGGCGUGACAAUCUUGAUGUGUCCCGAGACAUACAAAACGAAGUCGAGACACUUUGGAGUAACGAAGAUGUACAGAGUGUAGAAGUUGGGAACUAUGUAUAUUGA